GCUGCGGCGGCCAAGCUGGGUCCGAGCAUCCCGCGGCUCCGGACCCGCCCGGCCCGGACAUGGUGACCGUCCGGGCCUCCCUGAGAGGCGCGCUGGUGCUUCUGGCCGUGACUGGGGUCGUGCAGGUAGCCGGGGGCCUGGCUCCGGGCAGUGCGGGUGCAUUAUGUUGUAAUCAUUCAAAGGACAACCAAAUGUGCCGUGAUGUGUGUGAGCAGGUUGAAAUUUGGAGUUGUAUGAAUUCAUCUUUGCCAGGUGUGUUUAAGAAGUCUGAUGGCUGGGUUGGCUUAGGCUGCUGUGAGCUGGCGAUUGCCUUGGAGUGUCGACAGGCAUGCAAGCAGGCAUCUUCAAAGAGUGAUAUCUCCAAAGUUUGCAGAAAAGAGUAUGAGAAUGCUCUUUUCAGUUGCAUUAGCAGAAAUGAAAUGGGCUCAGUGUGCUGCAGUUACGCAGGUCAUCACACAAAUUGCCGUGAAUACUGUCAAGCCAUUUUCCGAACAGACUCUUCUCCUGGCCCAUCUCAGAUCAAAGCAGUGGAAAAUUAUUGUGCCUCUAUUAGUCCGCAAUUAAUACACUGUGUGAACAAUUAUACCCAGUCUUAUCCAAUGAGGAACCCAACAGAUAGUUUAUAUUGCUGCGACAGAGCUGAAGACCAUGCAUGUCAAAAUGCCUGCAAGAGAAUUCUGAUGUCAAAGAAAACAGAAAUGGAGAUUGUUGAUGGUCUCAUCGAGGGUUGUAAGACCCAACCCUUACCUCAGGAUCCUCUUUGGCAGUGUUUUCUUGAAAGCUCACAAUCUGUCCACCCUGGAGUCACUGUGCACCCUCCUCCCUCUACUGGCCUUGAUGGAGCUAAAUUGCAUUGUUGUUCUAAAGCAAACACUUCAACAUGUAGGGAACUGUGCACUAAACUUUAUAGUAUGAGCUGGGGCAAUACACAGAGCUGGCAAGAAUUUGACCGCUUUUGUGAAUAUAAUCCAGUGGAAGUAUCCAUGUUGACCUGUCUAGCAGAUGUCCGGGAACCUUGCCAGCUGGGCUGUAGAAAUCUUACUUAUUGUACUAACUUUAAUAACAGGCCAACAGAACUUUUUAGGAGUUGUAAUGCUCAGUCAGAUCAAGGAGCCAUGAAUGACAUGAAGCUGUGGGAGAAAGGAAGUAUAAAGAUGCCAUUUAUCAACAUACCUGUUCUUGAUAUUAAGAAGUGUCAGCCGGAAAUGUGGAAGGCAAUAGCUUGUUCACUGCAGAUUAAACCUUGCCACAGUAAAUCUCGGGGAAGUAUUAUUUGCAAAUCAGAUUGUGUGGAGAUUCUUGAAAAAUGUGGAGACCAGGACAAAUUUCCUGAAGAUCACACAGCAGAAAGUAUUUGUGAGCUUCUGUCACCUACAGAUGACCUGGAGAAUUGUAUACCCUUAGAUACAUACCUCAAGCCCAGUACUUUAGGUAAUAUUGUAGAAGAAGUAACUCAUCCAUGUAACCCAAAUCCUUGUCCAGCCAGUGAGCUCUGUGAAGUGAACCGGAAAGGGUGUCCAUCUGGAGAGCCCUGCCUUCCCUAUUCUUGCAUUCAAGGUCAUGGAACGUUCUUUAAUAUCGACUGCAAUGUCUGUUCUUGUUUUGCUGGCAACUUGGUAUGUUCUACCCGCCUCUGCCUCAGUGAACACAGUUCAGAAGAUGACCGUCGUACUUUCACAGGUCUGCCUUGUAACUGUGCCGAUGAGUUUGUCCCUGUGUGUGCACAGAAUGGACGCACUUAUCCCAGUGUCUGCAUUGCCCGCUGUGUGGGGCUCCAGGACCGUCAGUUUGAGUUUGGGUCAUGCAUUUCAAAGGAUCCUUGUAAUCCUAACCCCUGCCAAAAAAAUCAAAGAUGUGUAUCCAAACCCCAAGUCUGCCUGACGACUUUUGAUAAAUUUGGUUGUAGCCAAUAUGAGUGUGUGCCAAGACAGCUGUCCUGUGACCAGGUCCGAGAUCCUGUGUGCGACACAGACCACAUGGAGCACAACAAUCUCUGCACUUUAUACCAGAGAGGAAAAAGCCUCUCUUACAGAGGUCCAUGCCAGCCUUUCUGCACAGCCACAGAGCCUGUGUGCGGGCACAAUGGUGAGACCUACAGGAGUGUGUGCGCUGCCUACUCUGACCGUGUGGCUGUUGACUACUAUGGGCCCUGCCAGGCUAUUGGGGUCCUCUCGGAAUACAGCUCUGUGGCUGAGUGUGCUGCUGUGAAGUGUCCGUCGCUCUUGGCCACUGGGUGUAAACCCAUCAUCCCACCCGGUGCUUGUUGCCCACUGUGUGCUGGGAUGUUAAGAGUUUUAUUUGACAGAGAAAAACUGGACAUUAUUGCUAAGGUAACAAACAAAAAGCCAAUAACAGUUCUGGACAUACUUGAGAAAAUCCGCAUGCAUGUGUCUGUCCCACAGUGUGAUGUAUUUGGAUACUUCAGCAUUGAGUCUGAAAUUGUGAUCUUGAUCAUUCCUGUUGACCACUACCCAAAAGCUUUGCAGAUUGAGGCCUGCAAUAAGGAAGCAGAGAAGAUUGAAUCCCUUAUCAACUCAGACAGCCCCACCCUGGCAUCCCAUGUCCCUCUCUCUGCCCUCAUCAUUUCCCAAGUGCAAGUGUCCAGCAGCCUGCCAUCCACAGGCACUGGGCUCAGGCCUCCCUGCUGGCCUCUGCUCCUCCCCCUCCUCCUCAGCCUGGACUUCGCCUCGCUCUUGCUCCAGAUGUAGCCCUGAUGCCCACACAGGGUGCAAAGUGUUCCCCAACCCAACUCUUCUACCUUGUGAGCGACAUUCAAGACUGCUGGUUGGUAGUCGAAUUGUGGCCAAGCAAAAGCACAUGUCACCUCUUUUCACCGCACAGUAUUUUUUUUUUUUUGAUUGCCAAUAUUGGUAAUAACAUUUUUGUCUCAUUUUACAAAUACCAAUGUUCUCACAAGUGCUAAGGAAAGAAAGUGCCUCUUUGUAGUGAUCUCUGCCUCAUGAUUUUUGUUUUGCUCAGUGGCUAGGCCCCCCGCUCUAAAGCAAAGUUACUAUCACUAAUAAAUGAUCACUAUGUAGAAGGAACACGCACUCUACUAUUGGGUUCAUAUCACAAAAACUUCACUUCAGAGUCCCUUAAGUAUUAAGCUUAUCUUUAUGUUUAUAUACAGAUACCUCUGUAUCCAGAGGCAGGUGACUGGUGAACAGCCACUGCUAUUAGAUAGCAUGAAGUAAAAGUAAAGCUUCUGUGAAAUUACUAUGUAAAUCAUCAGGCAGAUUUAAGUUAAUCGACAGAAAUGUAAUUCAGGACCCCAGCUACUGUGUUAAGCAAGAGGAAGCUGACACUCGUUUCAUGUGUUGUAAGUGACAAGUCUCAGCAGUCACUGAUUUGUGCCUAUGUUUUCUAUAAAAGGGAAAGAUUACGUUGCAUCAAAGCAUUUUUCAUCAUGCAAUUUUAUAUUAAAAGCAGAUAUAUAUUGUUUGGUAUUCAUGUAGUUACAUUUAGAGUUUUAAAACAUCUUUAAACCAAUUGCUGCUACUUUAUAUAAUUGCCAAAAAGUUAAAUAAUUAGUAGUUCCUGUAAAUAAUACAUGAUUUUUCUAUUUUAUUAUGAAGGUGAAUAGCCAUAUUUGUAAAAUGACAAUCAUGUGUUAACCCAUUACUUUCCGUUCACGAAGACACAUUUGCUUUUUGUGAUGUGCACAAUGUAGAUAAAUGUUCUGUCUUUCUAUUUUGAUAUAGAAGUAUAAAGAAUUGUGGUUUAUAUAUUUAAAAAUAUCAAGCUGAGUAUUUUAAUGUCUGCAUGUUGUCUGAGAAAUUGGAUACUUUGAAUGUUUCAGUUUGAAAUAAGCUAUUCAGUGUAAUACUUCUUGUUUGUAUGCACCUAAACUUAGUUUUUAUAUGAAGUGCUUUUUCAGUAUUAUAUGUACCCUCUGAAAUAUAUAGGAAUAUGCUUUUAUACCAAAAUGUUUUGAAAAGUGGGCACUUAAGGCUUUCAGAGUAUUUCAGUAUUUCUGAUGUCUGUUGCAAUUCCUUGUGUAUAAAUGUCUUCAAUGCAAUAUACUAGAAAACUUUCCUAUUUUAAUAGAAAUAAUUUGUAUAUGAUCAAGUGUAUUUCCAAGCAAUGUGAACAUUUAAAAUGAAAUAAUUGAUCACC